CUCAUCAAACGUGAUUGGUCACUCCUCGUCGCCCGUGUCCCGCCCCCUCCGGUGUAACGCAAUGGCAGCGCUGGUGAAACGCUUAAAUGCGCGGUGUUUGCCUCUGCUGUCGUUCCACUAACUGGCUGCGUACAUUAAAGGUGACGUGUACGGCAUUCUCCGCGCGUUGGAAUAAAAAAGGACGCGAUUUAUCCCUCGUAAUCAUAGGAGCUCGAGCCAGCAGAAUGGCAGGCGCGGCGGGUGGCGGCGGCGGCGGCAGGGGCUGCGUGACGCUCCGCGGCUCUCAGUUCCGGGACCUGCUGGACGCGAAGCACAACGUGCUGUUCGACUGCGACGGCGUCAUCUGGAACGGCGAGACGGCCGUGACCGGAGCUCCGGAGGUGGUCAGCCUACUCAAACAGCGGGGCAAACGCGUGUUCUUCGUCACCAACAACUGCACCAGGCCCCGGGAGAGCUACGUGCAGAAGUUCAGCCGCCUGGGCUUCACGGACGUGGCGGAGGAGGAGAUCUUCAGCUCCGCGUACUGCUCCGCCGCGUACCUGCGGGACGUGGCGAGGGUCCAGGGGAAGGUCUAUGUGAUCGGAUGCAGCGGGGUGGUGAGGGAGCUGCAGGAUGCUGGGGUGCACGUCGUCGAGGAGGUCGGGGACGAUGAACCGGGUACCAACAUCUCCAACUGUCCACUGGAUCCGGACGUCAAAGCUGUGCUGGUGGGCUACGACGAGAAUUUUACCUUCAUGAAACUGGCCAAAGCCUGCUGCUACCUGAGGAACUCUGAAUGCCUGUUUUUGGCCACUGAUCCGGACCCGUGGCACCCGCUGAGGGGGGGAAGAAUCACUCCAGGUUCUGGCAGUCUCACGGCAGCUUUGGAAACCGCUAGCAGCAGGAAGGCGACGGUCAUCGGCAAGCCCGGCCGCUUCAUGUUUGAGUGCAUAGCGAGCCAGUUCGACCUGGACCCCGCUCGCUCGCUGAUGGUCGGCGACCGUUUAGAGACGGACAUUCUCUUUGGCAGCAACUGUGGUCUGUCCACCAUGCUCACCCUCACCGGCGUCUCCACCAUGGAGGAGGCGCAGAAGUAUAAAGACAGCGAGUCACCCGAGCACAAGGGCUGCGUACCAGAUUACGUGGUCGAGUCCAUCGCUGAUUUCCUGGAGGCUCUGGAGGAGUAGCCGCUCUGGGGUGGGGGGCGGGGGGCUUUCAUUGCUGUAUUUCCAGUUUCAAUCCCAAUGCUCUUUCUUAAGAUGUACAGUAUGGUUUAAGUGUCGCUGUAACCCUCGCGUCAAUCUCAUGAAAUCUGAUGGCAUGGAUGUAAUUUGUCGUGUUUGACACACAAAAUGCCUCAUCGAACGCCGGACGCUCACCUUAAAUGUUCUGGGGCAGUUGUGUAUGCUUUUAGAGCUGUCCUGCCUACAUGAUGUUAUCAGUGCUGGUUAGUUGUUUCAGUUUAACGUAAAAAAGACGUAAAAAAGACGUUAAAAAAGUUGAUUUUGUGAAUAACGCACUUUUAGAUUCUCAAACACUGAUGCUUUACCACCCUGUACGUUUAGUUUGGCAAGGGGGAACAUUCAGUGUAAGUUAUCGGACCAAUACACGGUAAACGGAGAGCAACCGCCUAACGUUUUAUUUAGUAACAAUUGUCUAUUCUGAGGUUUCAUUAACAGCACAAUCGGUCCGAAGACAAUCACAUGUUUUCCCAUGAUGGUGGCAUGUUAACAGUCGAUCGCUGUUUGAACUUUACAUUGUUAACAUUUCUGUCCGUGCUGGUGAUAGUUAUGAUGCACUGUGCUCGUGUCAAUUUGUACUCCGUAACGUUUCGAGCAGUAUUCUAGUAAAGUCAGUUGUAGAGGUUAGAAGACUUUGGUGCCAAUUUUGCAUUUAUUUAUUUUUAAAUUAUAUUUAUAUUAAUUUUAUUUCAUUCAUUGACUUGAAUUGAAUUGAAUUAGUGGCGUUUCCUCGGGUAAGAUAUAGAAUUCUUAUUUUUAUUGCCUACUUGGGUUUCAGCUGCCUUUACGUUUUUGAUUUGAACAAGUGAUGUUCAAUUUUUCUGUUUAAGAUGGCAAGUAAUAUUUUGACUCCAUUAAUGCAGUUCAGGUGAAAAUCGAACACGAAUCGUCCAGUGGUUCAGCUCCGCGUCUUCAAAUAAAACUCAAAGCACAGUGUUUAUAAAACCUCGGUGUGUAAUAUAGAACAUCUGCAGUCAAAAUAAUGUGCCAAAAAACCCCACUGAAUGUGAUAUUGCAUGAAUGAUAGCUACAUUGAAUUGUGUGUUAAAAGGCCUGCAUUUAUUAUAGUUAAAGCUAUCCAUUAUGAACCGAACCAUUUUUUAAAGCUUGGAUCCUGAGUGAUUAGUAGUCAAUUGUUCAUUGUCUUUAGCCAUUGUGUCGUCUGAAAAGAUUUAAAAGAGAAAGAAUAUAAAUAAAAGGGACGCCCAACAUCUGUAAAUGCAAAUGAUAAAUGUAUACUGUGAAAUGGUUUGACAUUAGGCACUCUCUGUGUGUGGUGUAAAUUCAUUUUUUAAUUAAAAAACGUCUCGUAUCUGGA